GGCUGCAAAAUUACCCGUAAUCAAUUGAAACAGCGAGUGCGCGUCCCUCUGUGUGUCUAACAACUACAUGUCUCUGUAAUAAGGCAGACAUUAAAUCAUUUUAGAGUUGUACUAUUGAGUACCUGAUCACUGGGCGCUCUGGGAAGCUGGACAGUCACAUUAGGACGCUGGGACUGAGGAAGCCGCUGCUUUUCCAGUGGGAUAAAACCCGACCUUCUUUACUCAAGGUGCUUUACAGAUCCCCACCGACCUGACCCUAAGCCGUGCAAUAUCCAGCAUAGACUUCGUCGUCGUCGUCGUCUUCUCCUUUUUUUUUUUUUUUUUUUUAUUGCACUACAUGUUUGGGAAACAAGACAAAAUGGACGUUAGAUGCGGUUCAGAGACUGAAGCUAACCGGGUUUCGAAGAAUGGACAUAAAGAGGUCAAGGAAAGCAAAGGGUCUGAAGGAAAUAUUUCUACUUCUUUUUUGAAGGAUCAGCAAGGGACUUUUUCUGCCUCUGCAGCUACGGAAGAUUGUAAUAAAAGUAAAUCUAGUUCGGCUGAUCCGGACUAUUGCAGAAGGAUCCUAGUUAGAGAUGCCAAAGGUUCAAUCAGAGAGAUUAUUCUGCCUAAAGGGCUUGAUCUGGACCGUCCCAAGCGGACCCGCACCUCCUUCACGGCCGAGCAGCUCUACCGCCUGGAGAUGGAGUUCCAGCGGUGCCAGUACGUCGUGGGGCGGGAGCGCACCGAGCUCGCCCGGCAGCUCAAUCUCUCCGAGACUCAGGUAAAGGUCUGGUUCCAGAACCGGCGCACCAAGCAGAAAAAGGACCAGGGCAAGGACUCGGAGCUGCGCUCGGUGGUGUCCGAGACCGCCGCCACCUGCAGCGUCCUGCGGCUGCUGGAGCAAGGCCGGCUGCUCUCCCCGCCGGGGCUGCCCGGCCUCCUGCCGCCCUGCGCCACCGGCGCCCUGGGCUCGGCCCUGCGCGGGCCCGGCCUGGCCCCGGGCAGCGGCGGCGCGGGCGCGGGCGCGGGCGCGGCGCCCGCCGGCGCCUCCCCGCACCCGCCGGCCGCCAGCAGCGCGGCGGGGCCGCCCCCGCCGGCGGCGCUGCACGGCUCGGCCGCCGCCGGGCACGGCCUCUUCGGGCUGCCGGUGCCCACGCUGCUGGGCUCGGUGGCCGGCCGGCUCUCCUCCGCGCCGCUGGCCAUGGCCGGCUCGCUGGCGGGCAACUUGCAGGAACUGUCGGCCCGCUACCUGAGCUCGUCCGCCUUCGAGCCCUACUCCCGGACCAACAAUAAAGAGAGCGCUGAGAAAAAAGCACUGGACUGACUCUAAGUAACUUCUCCGUAUUUAUAUUUAUAGUAUCUAUUUGUGGCGAUAUUUAUGGGACGGACUGCGCGGCGCCUGCCGGCAGCCCCCUCCCGCCCUCCCGCCUCGGCCCCGCGGCGCGGCUCCCCUCCGCGGGCCGCCGCGGAGCCGAGCGGGGCCCCGCGCCCGCGGAGCGAGGCGGCGGCCGGGCCGGGGGCUGCGGUGCCCGCGGGGGCCUCGCCUGCCCGAGCCCCAGCGGAGCGGAGCGGGGCGGCCUCCGCGGCAGUCCCUGCCCCGCCGGCUGGGGGGUUGUUUGUCCGUUUGGGGAUGUUUGUCCGUUUGUUCGUUUGCUUUAACACCGUUAGGAAAGGGACGGAGCGGGAGAGGGGACGGGGGUGCGCUUUGGCCGGGCUGCUUCGGACCGACGUUAGCCAGUGCCCGGCGGGGGAGAGGAGUUCAGAGAGAGGAAGAUGGAGCUGCCAGGUGAUGCCCGGGGGUUUUCCAGACUUCAGUGACUCUUAAGCACAAAGGUUUGGGGGCUCCGUAUGUGUCGCCCCGUUUUAAACACACUCACUGCACUACAGUACCCGCGUAGCAUCCUUGCUGUUUGCCCGGAAGAUCAGCCAGGAAAACGUCCAGCAACUUUUAUAUUUCAUGCUAAUUUUUGAAUGUGGGAAGGGCCGGAUCGGACUGCCUUGAAAAUAUGUGCACGAAGCGGGGAGACAGAAACCAGUGGCCGUAGAGAUUUUGAAUGAAACAGUCUCCUUUCGAGAUAUCAGAACGCCCCUUUUUGUGGUCCAACGGGUUAGUCCUUCGGACCUUACCUGCAAAAGUAAAUCUGCACAUAAAUAACGGAAGUCGGGACUCGAUUUGCACCCAGCUAUGUUGUGAUGGUAAUUUUUUUCCAUUUGAUUUUUCAAAAUACUUUCAAAGUACAUCUAAUUCAAAAAAUCUUUAGCUUUUCUUCCUCCUAAAAUAACCCUCUCACAUAUUGCUCACACGUCAAUUAGAAGGAACGUAAAAUAUAAAAAGCGUAUCUUUUGUUACUAUUUUGUACUUUAAAAUACAUCUAUGUAACAACCUUUUUUCUUCAUGAUUCUGGCUGCCAUUUCCUCCACAAAGAUGUGUAUUUCAUCUUCCAGUAUUCGGGAUCGAUUUCCUGUUCAAUUUCAGUACUUGAAUUUGCCAGAAAAGGGAUUCUGUACUUAGCUAGUUCUUCGGGGAAAUUUUUCUUUGCUUUGGUUUUAAGUUUCUUUUCUUUCUUUAAACCUUAACACAUGGUGUUUACAAGCUGUAUAAAUACGUGCCACCAAACUGUAACCAAAAAACAUUACAAAAAGUGGAAUGGUUGCUGUAGUAUAUAGAAUUAAUUAUAGAUCAGAACUGGACAGAAGGAGCUGGACAGAAAAGAAAAUAGUAAUUUUAUUGUAAAUUAUUUACGUCUGAAGUUUCUAGGCAACUAGUGGAAAAAAUAAUGAAUGGAUCGAGCGCUGAGCCCUUGCUACUAACUUUUGUUCUGGAUGUUUUGGAUAUUUGGAUGUUUUGUAUUUAUGUGGUGAGAGUGAAAUAUAUUAUAUCUAUAUGA